AUGAACCGCCCUGUUGUUGGUGUUGGUUGUGCAUCUGCUGGAAUUCCUUCCAUUGUUUUCCUGCCUGCUAAUAGAAUCUCUAUUGCUCAACUGGUUCAGCCGAUUGCGAAUGGAGCGUUUGUUCUUAGCAUUGAUACUGAUUUUGAUGGGUGUAUGCAGUUGAUUCGUGAAGUAACUGCUGAAUUGCCUAUUUAUUUGGCUAAUUCUCUGAACAGUUUGAGGCUUGAAGGACAGAAAACUGCUGCUAUUGAGAUUUUGCAGCAGUUUGAUUGGCAGGUACCUGAUUGGGUUAUUGUACCUGUUUGGACUGUUGUUGUGAGCACUGCACAUGGGUUGAAGUUUACUCAGUCCAAAAUUGAUUACCAUUCAAAGAAUAUCAAAGACCUGGCUUGCCAAUUUGCCAAUCCUCCAAUGCAGGUCAAGGCUGAUUUUGGAACUGUUAUGGAUGUUUUGUCCAAGUAUUUGCAGAGCAAGGCACCCAAGUAUCAUUAGGUUGACACUGCUGGUUUUGCUCCUGUGUUUUUACUGCUUGUUUAAUUAUUAGACAUUGUAUUGUCUUUUGUAUUAGCUUUAUGGUCUAUCUGAGGAUUUACUUGCAUUCUGUAUGCGUGGUGGAUUUGCUGUAGGUUAUCUUUGUUGAGCAUUUUGUAGCUCAUCUAGAAAUUAAUUGGAUAAGAUGAGGAAUACCUCAUCAUUGUCUU